CCUGUCAUUAAGCAGUGUCCUUUUAGAAUCUUCUGACUUGUACUUAGAUGAGAUUCAGCUUCUGCUUCACUGGGGGUUUCUUAAAUUCUGAGAAAAAAGGAAAUUUAGAAAACUCACCAACAGAAAACUCUUCAGACUAUCUGUGGGCUGGAUCCUGUGCUGAGUGGAGGGCUCAGUGCAUGAGCUUGGCUUCAGCUUGAAGAGGACACUUAAAACCACCAUGGGAGCACCUGGGACGUGCCAGAGGUACUUUUUUAACCCCUAAAGAGUGGGUUUGGUCAACGAGCAACACGAUUGUGCAGAGCUGUCUAUUAGCUGCUGCUUUCAGGUUGGUACAUUGUCCUGUUUGCACAGCAGACACAGGGUAUUUCAUCAAAAUCCAGGGGAAAGGAAGUUGCCAACUUCCUCCCCAUCAGUGGCACAUUACCAGACUCUAAAUUUCCCAAAGGGGAAGUGGUGUAAGUCCACAAGUCAGCUGAGCAGCACCGAGCUCCCGCCAGUGGAAGUGCUGGUGGAAUUCGGUUCCGAUUUCGCUCUGCCUGGCGCAGCCCUGAUCCUCUGCUCCUUCCCCGUGCCCCGUUCUGGCUGUCAGCAGCUCCUCAGCAUCACACUGUGGUCAGGAACAUCUCAAUUCAUUUUCAGACAUCCUCUUUUAGAUGUAGCCCUCUCUCUGUGUUCAAAAACCGCGCUCUCUCCCAGCGGGAUCACUUCUGUUUUAAGAGUUAAAAAUGCUGGGGAUUGCAUCAUGAGUGCGUCAGGCUUUUUGUGCACAGCCAGCAGUGAGUAAAGGGUGUGUAACAUCUGCCCCCUCCCAGCAGCUCUAGCAGGACAGCUCUGGGCUAAGGAAAUCCACCUCGGACCUGACUGGGCUUGCUUAUAAAGCACAAUCUGUCUCAAGUAGCCACGAUGCAGAAGAGACCUGGGAGCAGAAGGGAUGUUACAGAUGAAGCAGCUGAUUAAAGCCCUUCCUGUAUCUUCAGAAUUAUUUUUGUGAACAUGGUAAAGAGGAAAAACAUGCAUUUUAAUGUUUGCUAAAAAUAAAUGCCUGAGAGGGAAAGAAAAAUCACUGUCUUUGUGAGAAGUGCACUGUUCAUUAGUAAUAAUAACAUAAUAACAAUAAUAACGAUAAUAUAAUUAUUCUGUAAUAGUUGUUGAAUAAUAGUUGUUGUAUUGUGCCUGUGUUUCCGUCCCAGGGCUCCAUGGAACUCUGGUGAUCCCUGGUGCUCACACUUGUCACCAUGCUGGCAGAAGGCAUCCUAACGAGGCUCAUCUAUAAAGAAAGCUGUCAUCAAGAUAAGCCUUGCAAAUCUCCUGCAUCCCAAAAGGCUAAAGAGGGAAUCUGGAGACAGAAACUUGUAGACAACCCAGAAAUUAAAGGCUUUGCUGAUGGAUGUGAGAAGCGGGAGGAGCUCUCUGCCAGAAGCAGCGAAGUGGAAGCCGGGAGCUGCCCCCGAUGGGGAUCCGUGGAGAAGGAGCCUGCAAGAGAUCAGGAAAUGCUGGUUAAAGGAACUGCAUCCCCAGCUCUACAUAUCCCCAGGAGAGGGGGAAGCCUAGACCAGGUGGAUUUGUACAGAUCCUGGCCAUGCAACAGCAUUUACCAGGACUACCCUGACCUGCAGAUCGGGGGGGACCGCGUGGGGGGCCACACGUGUGACUCAGGCUGUGUCCUGGACCAUGUGUGUGAUGAACUCCCCGAUGGCCCCGUCCUGCUCUCCAUAGAUAUCCCCCUGGGGCAGUCCCCUCAGUGUGAGCAUCCCAAAAAGCCCAGUGGGAUGUCCCUGCCUGGAGAUGAAGCUGGAGAAAGGAGCCUCGUGCUCAGCGAGGAGCCCCUUUCCAACUCCACGCUCAACAAGUACAUGGAAGCCAAAGUGGCAGAGCUCUACAAACAGUUUUUUGAUGAAAGCCUGGCCAGGUGUGGUUCCAUAACAAACCUCCUGACCUGCAGCUGGAUAAGGAACAGCCUGGACCAGAUAAGUGUUCAGAUCUCCCAGGAGCAGAACAUAGAAACCUCCAAAGCCAGAGGAGCCCUCUUGCACUCGUUGGCUUUGUUCAGCUCCCGCAAUGCUCCCAACAGGAACAGCUCUGAGUUCAGCACCCCAAACCUCCAAAUCUCCAACAUAGGUGCAAAAUGGAGCUGCAGGAUGGAAUUCACAUCCUGACUGAGCUGCUCAGCUCAGGAGAGGGAUGGGAUUCAGGUAGGAAUGUUUCAUUCUAAAGAUUAGGUGGGGAAAUGGAAACAUUUGCACACUACACAUGUUCUAAUUAAUAUUUUAAGUUUUGAAACCCUUUGGUAGCAGGCCAAGUAAAGGUCUCUGUUUUCUAAUGGAGAAUUUGCAAUUAAUUUCUCUCCAAAAUACUGGUUAAUCGUGUUAUUAUAAUAUAUAGAAUCAUAGAACUGUUGAAGUUGGAAAUGACCACUGGGAUCAUCAAGUCCAACCAUCAACCCAACACCACUAAAUUAUGUCCUCAAGUGCCAUAUCCACACCUAAAAGCAUUAAUUUUCUGCAAAAUCAGCAAGCAAAGAUGACUGCAGCAUUUCUGAAAAAAAAAAUAGUGCAAGGUUCCUGCAUCUUCGUUUGGAAAUUUAAAUGCAAACUUUCAUAUGGAAAUACUGCUGUUCAGCUCUCAAACACAUUUACACAUUUUCUCCCUUUGCUCUUGCUUCUCAGCAAAUAUUCCAGCUGGAAAUUAUUCAUUAUGUCACCACUGUAAAACGAUAGAUGAAUUGGACUGUUACCUGCUCUGCAGAUUUUUCUUUUUUCUAAUAAAGUUUUUUGUUGGUGUU